CCCGGGUGAACAUAUAACCAAACGCGAAUACCAUCCCUCUCAUGUAACCUUUCUCGCAACUUGUUUUCUCAACCUCAUUUUACUCUGUAACUUAUAAAACACGCAGUUUCCCUCUGGUAACAUUAUCUCUAAACGCUACUAUAUUCAUAUCGACUAGAUCAUACUAUCUGCAAUCAUGCGUGUUCCUUACGUAUCCAACCCUCCUGAGACCAAGUCUGAGGAGCAUGCCGCCAUUGUAAAGCGCAUAGAAGAGCGCCGCGCCCCUCGGCCUCUCCAAUCUCUGGAUUUAGCUCUUCUCCACUCCCCUCACGUUGCUGAUGGCUGGAACUCAUUCCUUGGCGCUGUUCGCACCAAGACCUCUCUAAGCGACGACAUCCGAGAGCUUGCAAUUUCACGUAUUGCUGUGUGCAACAAGGCCUGGUACGAAUGGAAGCACCAUGCACCGCUAGCUGUCAAGGGUGGUGUGUCUGAGGCUGGACUUGAGGCUAUCAAGGGCGAGGAACUUGGUGAGCGGCCUGCUGAGCUAUCAGAGAAGCAAUGGGCUGUGCUGUUGUACACGGAUGAGAUGACGAGGAACGUUCAAGUCAAGGACGAGACCUUUGAUCGUCUGCGGGAUUAUUUCAACGAACAAGAAAUUGUGGAAAUCACAGCCACGGUAUGACAGUCCCUUGUCCCUCUGGAGCCAUCAAACUUAUCCUUACACCAACAGGUUGCAUGCUACAACUGUGUAAGCCGCUUCUUGGUUGCACUUGACGUCGGGGAGAGAAAUGGUACCGGCCCCGAAGCUAUCUCUGGUCAUUGAUAAACAGUUCUUUCCUGCCAAUUUCCAGGACCAGCAGCAAAGUAAAAAAAAAAAAAAAAUAAAAAAUAAAAAAAAAAA